AUGGGGAUGAAAUUUCUGAACAAGAAGGGAUGGCAUACGGGGAGUCUCCGUAACAUCGAGACCGUGUGGAAGGCUGAGCAGAAACAAGAGGCCGAGCAGAAGAAGCUCGAGGAGCUCCGUCUCCAGAUCGUCCAGGAGAGAGAGCGUUCUGAGUUUCGCGCUCUUCAGGAACAAGCCGGUCUCGUCCCGAGGCAAGAGAGAUUGGAGUUUCUGUACGAGUCAGGAUUAGCUGUAGGGAAAGGGAAUGCGAGUAGCUCAGGGCAUGGCGUUUCUUUUCAGAAAGAAGAGCAGCCUUUAGCCCAAGCUGAAGCUGGUACCAACGAGAAGCCAGAUCAGUCGGCUCCUGGUGCACUGUUUGAGGAGAAGGCGCAAUCUGCUAAUGAUUCUUGGAGGAAACUUCACUCUGACCCGUUGCUUCUCAUCAGGCAGCGUGAGCAGGAAGCUCUUGCCAGAAUCAAGAACAAUCCUGUCAAGAUGGCUCUUAUCCGCAAAUCUGUGGAAGAGAAGGGAAAGGAUAAAGAUGGUGACUCAAAGGAGCGCAAGAAGAAGCGUAAAAGUGGAAAGCAUCGCAAGCAAUCUUCAUCCAGACGGCACUCUGAUUCUGAGGAAGAUUCUGGUGAGGAGGAUAACGGAAGAAGAUCCAACCGUCACAAGACAUCUGGCACUCAUGACAAACACUCUGAGAGAACAAGGUCAGAUUUUGAGGAUGAGCCAAAUAGAAGAGACAGCCGUGGUCAGCGCUAUGAGAGACGAAGAUCAGAAUUGGAUGAUGAGUCCAAAAGAAGAGAAAGUCAUGACAAACACUAUGAGAGACGGAGGUCAGAUUUGGAGGAUGAGUCAAAAAGUCAUGAUAGGCACUAUGAGAGACGGAGGUCAGAUAUGGAUGAGUCAAGAAGUCAUGAUAAGCACUAUGAGAGACGAAGGUCAGAUUUGGAGGAUGAUUCCAAAAGAAGAGACAGUCGUAGAGAGCCUCCAGCCAGUGAGACAUAUCGGAAUCGGUCUCCCACCAACCGCUUGGAGAGGGAGAAUCUCAAGAGUUAUGGUCAAGAGGAGAGAAAAAGGAAGAGUGAUGAUAUAGAGACUGAGAAACAUCCCUCCAGAGAGAACGAGUUCCAGAACAGACGAAGGAAAGGUGGGUCUAAACUAUCAGAAGAAGAGAGAGCUGCAAGAUUUAAGCAGAUGCAAAUGGAUGCAGAGGUGCAUGAGGAACAAAGAUGGAGAAGGUUGAAGAAGGCUGAUGAGAAAGAUGCAGUGGAAGCUGAUAAGAACAAAGUAUCUACUGGGAAAAACUUUCUGGACGAUGCAAGCAAAAAUGUCUAUGGAGUUGAGAAAGGUGGAAGCUCAACGAUUGAAGAAAGUGUUCGUCGCAGAAGCUACUAUUCACAGCGUGGAUCUGAAGCUGAAGGCAAUGCGUUUCGCCGUUGA